AUGUGCACUCUGCGAAUUUGCAAACGCGAAACUCCCUCAGCACAGACCAAUGUCAUAUCCAUUAUCCUCCUCCCCGCUAUCAAUGAUGUACACCGAUUUUCCACGAAUUUCCCGCCGGCCAACAAAUAUUUGACGAUAACAAAAACGGCGACCGCAUAUUUAACCAGGCAUGGUAACGUAACGCGUCAACUUCAACUUGCUGCCGGCUUCGGAUUUUUGCGCGACAGGAUCAAGUGGCGCACGGCAUUUGCUGCAGGGUGGACAUCAGGUCAGGGGCAGGAUCGUGCUAUAAACUGGUGUACACGUUAUUUAUCACCUGCCAGAAUGAUCGACAUUAGGCCUCUUAUGAACUCUGUUUCGCCCAUUGGCGGUGUCAAACCAGAUACCGCACGCGAAUUUCAUUGGUGCUUUACAGCUGGCAAGCGUGACUUGGAAAAGUGCGAGAAAACGAGAUAUGGCACGACGGAGAUAGGCUAA